CAAAUUUGGAUUUGUAUCUUUCUGUAGCUAUGAUUAUGAUGGAGGUAGGGUUUGUUUCCUUAUGUUUUAGGAUCAGGGGUUAUAAUGUUAUACUCCGUAUGACUUCUAUAGUUCUAUUUGGAUGCAUUUGAGGUGUGGCUAGGUUUUCUGGUGCUGUAAUGGCCGACGGACAUGCAUCGUCGCAGCAGCCGACGAGUCCAGGCGGUGGCAGCCACGAGAGUGGGGAUCAUAGCCCGAGGUCAAAUGUUCGGGAACAGGACAGGUUUCUUCCCAUCGCCAAUAUCAGCCGGAUAAUGAAGAAGGUUCUCCCUCCAAACGGUAAAAUUGCCAAGGAGGCGAAGGAUACUCUUCAGGAAUGCGUUUCCGAGUUCAUAAGUUUCAUCACCAGCGAGGCAAGUGAUAAGUGUCAGAAGGAGAAAAGGAAAACGAUUAAUGGUGAUGAUCUGCUGUGGGCAAUGGCAACUUUAGGAUUUGAGGAUUAUAUUGAACCUCUCAGGCUAUACCUCUCUCGGUACAGAGGGAUGGAGGGUGACACCAAGGGAUCUGCAAAGGCUGCUGAAGGUUCUGCCCGAAGAGAUGGAGUACACCCUAUCUCUAAUUCUCAACUAUUGCAUCAAAAUUCAUUUACACAAGGAAUAAGCUAUGAUAACUCUCAGGGUCAACAUAUGAUGGUUCCCAUGCCAGGCUUGGAGUGAUCAAGUGGCUUGAAGGAGGGUCUGUAUUGUAUCCGGUUGACUGUCCACGAGAGCCCAUUUGGUUGGGGAGGUUAAACAUGUAUCUAUAUGCUUUUUUGCACGAUUCAUUCGUCUUUCUACUCUCAUGUGCCAAAGCUCUGUGAUUUGUUGAGGUUUGUAAAGUUAGUAGUGUGGACGCAUUCAUCUAAUAUAUUAAACAUACUUCGCAUGAUCGUUCAUGUCCAAGCAUUCUGUUUGCCUUUAUUGUUCUACCCUAGCAAGUUACAACUCCAUCAUUAUUCUAUACCGGUCAAAUCCAAUUUCUUUUUUAUAUAUCAAUUUAUACAUACAAAUCCUCAAUAUAAUAUUAUUCAUUUA